ACUCAAGGGGAGAUCAGAGGUCGCCGCCGUGCGUCGCACACGCACGCCAAGCAAAGACAACGAGCAUACGCGCGCGCGCGUCAUGUAUAUAUCUUGUCCGGCCGUACGUGCAGGGCGGAGAGCAUCGGAGCAUGCUCCAUGCAUGAUGAGCUCACUGCUGCAAGUGGCCAGCACCCUCGUGCAUGCACACGCGCUCUAUAAGUACGCUGCUCCUUCCAAGCCAGUUUCUCUCAGGAAGCUAUAGCUAGAUCGAUCGGUCUCAACAGACCCCGGCCGAUCAGUGCUCCAGAUCGAACGACGACGACAAUGGCUUCCGGCGGCGGGUCGUCGUCGUCUAACAGCAGCAGGGGCUCGUCGUCGUCCCGCGGGUGGACGCAGCGGCAGAACAAGCAGUUCGAGUGCGCGCUGGCGGUGUACGACAGGGAGACCCCGGACCGGUGGCACAACGUCGCCCGCUACAUGGGCGGCGCCAAGUCCGCCGACGAGGUGCGCCGCCACUUCGAGCAGCUCGUCGCCGACGUCGCCCAGAUCGAGGCCGGCCGCGUCCCCUUCCCACGCUACGCCGCCGACGACGACGCGGCGGCGGCCACCAGCAGCAGGACCAAGUAUCUCAAGUUCCAGUGAUGAUCAAGACAAAAUGACGGCGCCAGAUCGAGACCAUGUCCCCGAGUCUCCGAGAUGACACGACGCAUGCAUGUAUAGUGAUAGAUUAUAGGUGUGUAGGGUGUAAUAAUCACUGUGUGGCUGGAUAUAUUGGAUCCAAAUAUGGAUGUAAUUUAGGGAAGAAAAGUACUUUUCAACCUCAUGUUGUGUAAAUUAGCUAAUUAUUAAGCUGGUUUUCAUCGGUGCUAUAUGCUCGUUAUAUCACAAGAAGCAAUGUAAAAUGUUUCGGGGGAACAUAUCUGGUGGAAACCACAAU